GCUUGGUAGGAAGGAUGGAGUUAUUUCAUAAUGUUAUAAAUUUAUUAACCACAUCCUGGAGGCAACAUGAUAGAUCCUGUUGAAAACAAUUUCUUUGGCCUUCCUGAAUAUGAACACACCCGGGACGAGACCUUUCAGCCUCUCCCACCUCCAGGCUCUCCAGGGUCAGCUGAAGAUGCCUUACCCAAUGGAGAUCCAGAGGGAGAUCAAUUGCCACAAAGCAAGGAUUCUUCUGUGACCGCAAGAAGAGCUGUUAAAAGAACAAUACCUAAAUUAGAUGCUCAAAGAUUAAUUUCAGAGCGAGGACUUCCAGCUUUGUGCAAUUUGUUCGACAACGUAAAAUUCAAAGGUAAAGGUCACGAGGAAGCUGACCUGAAGACGCUGAUAAGGCACAUGGAACAUUGGGCUCACCGUCUCUUCCCUCAACUUCAGUUUGAAAAGGUGGUGGACAAAAUAGAGAGCUUAGGGAAUAAAAAACCUGUUCAGGUAUGCUUAAAGAAAAUUAGACUGGAUCUACCUCUUUUGAAUGAAGACUUCAGAAGUAAUGAAGGUGAAGAUGAGAACCAUAGACUAAGCCCAGCAGCUGAGGAAUUCGUUUUCCUUCCCGAAACGCAGAAUACACAAAAUGAGUCUGGUUCUCCAUCUUUAAGUCCUGCCCUGACUGAGGAGCAACAGCAGAGAAUCGAAUGGAACAGACAAAGAGCUCUUGAAAGACGACAAGCAAAAAACCAGCUCAGUCAAUCUCAAAACGACGAGUUGCCUACAAACGAAGAAUACGGCAUCAUUCCAGCUCAGGAAAAGGACGAUAUCUGCAUAGACAAAGCUGGUGUCCCUUUUCAAGCCACCGAGAACAUGCAAGUAGUAUAGAUCAAUGUGUUUUUAGUUGUGUGGAAUAGGUAUGGCAUAGUUUAGUUUUUACUGCAACUUUAGAGGUUGAGGCUGGUUAAUUUGGCAGCUGUUAUAAUUUUCAGUGUGUUCUAUUAUGCCAGUGUUUUAAAGAACUGUUUCCAUUUCAGUGGAAGAACAUUUUAAGCUUUAAAGCAACAUUUCUACAGCAAACGUUAAUGAAAACGACACAUAAAAGUCAAAUGAUGCUAUAUUUCUACAAUUUAAAUCUUUUAUAACUUUCCCAUUGUGAAACAUUUGUAAUUGCCUCUAUUUUAUACCAGUAAUGAAAAUAAUAAAUCUUUGAAACCAGAA